UUCUUUCUUUUUUAACCUCCAAGGCACUUAGUGUUUAAGUGUAACGUUCUAUAAAUUAUUGCAGAAGUUUCCGUUUCUUAAGUACCCGGUUCAUGUUUGGCUGUGCCCCGAUGACUCAGUGUAAUUUAAUUUCAAAACUCUCAUAUCCGCAUAAGAGGCACAUACAGCCUGAGCGUUUUGUCCUGUUAUAAUGUUAUAAAGGUUAUAAUGUCGAUGGACAGUUAACUUCAAAUGCUGUUUUAUCGCUAAUUGUUGAACUCAAUACUUCUUCCUUUUCAUCAAUAGAUUGCGCACCUUUGUAAUAGGUCAAAUCAGUAAAGACCAACAGGUGUCUCCCAAAUAUGGGAGAAGUUUAAUGUAGCUUAAAUGUGAUUAUACAUGACAAUUUGGCUUCUUUAACGAAACACAUUUAAAUGUACGAUUAACCUUGGCCGGCUUAUAAACAUCGAAGAGGAAAUGCGAAAUUGUGUUCCAUGUUUAUUUUGUGCAUGUAUAAGAGGCUUGACUCACUGGUAUUGGAACCAGGAAGAUUAUGGGUCUUAAAUGGGAGGUGAUUUAAGGUUUAAUGAAGACAGUUGAAAAAGACACUUUGGUACUGGAAAAAACGACAUAAUUAAAAUGAGAUUCGGUUUAUUAGUUUUAUCGGGGCUAAGUUGUAUGUUUAACCUAUACUUGCCUGUAGAUCUACAGGUUUUAAGAGUUUGAAAUAAGUAAGACCUCCCUCACCACCCACCCACCCAAAACGAUGUUACUUUGAUUUUGUGACUGAUGUGACGUCGCUGUAUUCCAGGGUAAAUGCUUGCUGUGUGGGGAUUGCGGGUGUGGGGGUGAUCUGAACAUGGUAUUCAGUGCCAAAGUGGGCGUGUGCGGCAGAGAGCUGCAUUGUCCGGCCUCCAUUCGCAGCUCCGCGACUCGCCUUUCAGGUUCCGCUGCUUCGGCGGCUCCCUGCCAAUAAGCUGGUAUCGCCGCAGUUUCGGCGCACUGCAUUCCCGCACUGCUGCGUCUCUCGCUUCUCAAUUCCCUUUGGCAAUUUCUUUCUUUUCUUUUUUGUUAACCAAGUGUUUCAAAUGGAGGGCGAUCAGCCAUGCACGAGCAUCCCCUUGUGGGGAAGAUCUGCAUUGAAAUGCUGAAAUGGGUGUUUUUACAUUUGUUAAGCAGGCUGGUGUUCGGGGGUCUCUAGUGUGCAUAAUUAAAGUUUUCUUUGAUCACACAUCUGCAUGUAAGCAGCUGUAGGAUUGUGUCGGAUGCUGCUUAAAACAUAUUCAGUGUUUUGAUCGGCGGUCUAUUCUAUGCGUUCACCGUGCAUUUUUAAAAAGCGACUUCAGAAUAUGGACAGUCAGGCUUUGAGAAGCAAACAGCGGUCACUCUGCCGUGCCCUCGGUGCGGAUGACAGUAGCUCAUUGUGCACGAAUGUUUACCUGCCGGGGGUCAAUGAACACACCUGGGCGGUGCUGAAGCCGGCCGCUGGCGGCUGUUUGCCUCAUGAAAUCGGGCUGAAUCCUACCUUCGCUGCAGCAGGAAGCAGACAUGGAGGAAAUGACCAUCUGGGAGCAGUACACGGUGACGCUGAACAAGGAUUCCAAGGUGGGCUUCGGUUUGGCGAUAUCCGGGGGGCGGGAUAAGCCAAACCCGGACACGGGGGACAUGGCGGUGGUGAUCUCGGAUGUGGUGCGCAAUGGACCGGCUGCGGGGAGACUGCACACGAGGGACCAGAUCGUCAUGGUCAACGGCGUUUCGAUGGAGAACGUGUCCUCCAACUUCACUAUUCAGCACCUAAAGGGCUGCGGGAAAACUGCCAACAUCACUGUGAAAAGGCCCCGGAAAAUCCAGAUCCCACUGACCAACAGGCCAAACCGUUCUGCCUCCCAUUCCAACCUGCUGGAUGGCCCGUCUGCAAACAGGGGGCAGCGGCGAGGCUCCGACUCUGGAAGCGAGCCAGGCUAUGGCCUACGGGGGCGCAGGGCACGCAGCCACACCCCCGAGCCCAAUGGUCACCCCCUGGCCCUGAUGUCGGGAUUCAAGCGGCUGCCGAAGCAGGAGGGGUCUGACAAGCCCAUAAAGGCCACACUGCUGAAGAAGAAGCCCAAUGAUGAGUACGGCCUAAAGUUGGGGAGCCAGAUCUUCAUCAAGCACAUGACCGACACGGGCUUGGCAGCUAAGGAGGGAACACUGCAAGAAGGAGACCUCGUCCUCAAGAUCAACGGGAUGACCACGGAGAACCUCUCGCUGCUGGAAACUAAACAUUUAGUGGAGAAAUCCAAAGGGAAGCUCACCAUGCUGGUGCUGAGAGACCAGAGGCAGUUCCUGGUCAACAUCCCUGAGGUGGACGACAGUCCCAACAACAGCGAUGACGACGACAGGCGUGAUGACAGCAGCUCGGAGCUGGAGGAUAUUUCGGAUCUAGACAUCCCCUCGACCAGGGGCCGGGUGUCCCGCUCAGAGGCCCGAGAGCGACGUAUGCGCAGGUCUCGUGCUGAAGCUGCCCCCAAGAUCCGUGACUCCCCGCCCGUCCGGUCCACCGUAAACAGACCCCCCGCACAGGCCAUGCCUACCCGAAGACUGCCGUCGGACUCUGAAUCAGACCGGAGCACCUCGCCCCGCCCCCGACGAGACACCACAGACCCAAAGUACAGGACCUUGUCUGGCAUCCCCGUGCCCAACCCACACACCGCCCCUGUCUCCUACAGCCUGAAUCCCGCUGUCUGGGCACCUCCCCAUGCCGCCUCCUCUUCCUCCAGGCCACGUAAAGAAGUCUCAGAGUCAGACUCGGACCAGAGUGCUUCACCCCCUCCCAGACGGAGCAGCCCCAGGAUGGACGAUCCAAAAAGAUACAGGGUCCUCCCUGAUAUUACCCACCCUGGCAUCUCCCUGCGGCCUACCCCUGUCAGCAUCUCCUCUAUGAGGUCCUCGCCUAAAGAUGACUCGGAGUCCGACAGCAGCUCCAGCCCCCCCCGCAGGCAGGGUACCCCCACCAGCCCGGACUCCAGGAACCGAUACAGGGCGACUCCUGUGGGCUCCCCGCUGACCCCCCCUGCAGACCAGCCCCGGUGGAUUGCUCCAGCAAUGAGGGACUCACCGGUGCCUAAGAGAUCCGAUUCGGAGGCCAGCUACACGUCUGUUCCAGAACAAAACGCCCCCCAAACAAGAAACGCCUGGCAAGGCAAGGAUGGAUACAGGGUGUUUCCCGAAACACAGUCACCCCUCAUGCCCCUCCGACAAGACCCCGUGCGAAGAAGCCCAUCACCCGACAGACCGCCCCAGGAAGAUUCCUCGGGGUCAGAGCGUGUUCCCUCUCCCCCUCAGAGGUACGAGAGCACAGAGUACGACAUCAGCCCCAGUUUUCCGGUCAAUGGCACCCUCCGAACCAAUAUGUCUGAGCCACGCAGUCCCACAGGCUACUCCAAAAAUGAAGAAGAGCCACUUUAUUCUUUACCCCCAGAUUCGCCAGAUAUUCCAUCCUUUUCAACAGAUGGCUACAGCUCUGAUCUGAGGAAGGUGGAGUUUGUGAAGGAGAACAGCGUGGGUCUGCGGCUCGUGGGCGGCAACGAUGUGGGCAUCUUUGUGGCAGGAGUGCAGCCCCACAGCCCUGCGCACCAGCAGGGCAUGAAAGAGGGCGACCAAAUGCUGCAGGUGAACGGCGUGGACUUCAGCCGUAUGACACGUGAGGAGGCUGCUAUGUUCCUGCUCAACCUGCGCAAAGGGGAGCCAGUAGAGAUCUUCACUCAGAACAAGAUGGAUAUUUACAAGAAGAUCCUGAAAUCUAGCCUGGGAGACUCCUUCUACAUUCGUACGCACUUCGACCACGAACCAGAGGGCCCCACCGGCUUGGGCUUCACCCGCGGCGAGGUGUUCCGGGUCGUGGACACCAUGCACCGUGGAAAGCUGGGGAACUGGCUGGCCAUCCGUAUGGGCAACGAUCUGCACGAGCUUGACAAGGGAACGAUCCCGAACCAAGCGAGGGCGGAGACCAUAGCAAACCUGGAGCGUACCCAGAGGGCCAGCAGCAGUGAGCGGCAGGGCUCAGGCCCCAGGGCGGAGUUCUGGAAGCUGCGGGGCCUGCGGGGGGCAAAGAAGAACGUCCGCAAGAGCCGGGAUGAUCUCCUUCAGCUCACCAUCCAGGGCAAAUACCCUGCGUAUGAGAAGGUCCUGCUGAGAGAAGCCGGUUUUAAGCGCCCCAUUGUCAUUAUGGGUCCUCUGAAUGACGUUGCCAUGGAGAAGCUGGCCAGUGAGAUGCCUGAGGAAUUUCAGCUGGCAGACAUGGUUCCUCGUAGUGGAGGUGAAGGUUCCUCCUCAGUCAUUAAGCUGGAGACGGUGAGGCAGAUAGCUGAGCAGAACAAACACCCCCUGGUGGAUAUAACGCCCACAGCCGUGGAAAGGCUCAGCUACAUCCAGUACCACCCCCUGGUGCUGUUCCUAGACCCGCACAGCCGCAAGGAUGUGAAGAUAAUGAGGCAAAGGCUCUGUCCGAACUCCAAUAAGAGUUCCCGGCGUCUCUUCGCUCAGGCACGCAAAACGCGCAAGUACUACAGCCACCUGUUUGCAGAGCGUAUUGAGCUUCAGCCCAACUCCGAUGUGUGGUAUGAAGUCCUCAAGGACAAGAUCCAUCAGCAACAGGCCAAACCAGUCUGGGUGUCCGAAGUUAUGCUGGAGGGUGGGGAACGGGAGGAGCUAGACACCCUGACACGCACCAACUCCUCCGACUACCUGAGCUGUGACAGCCGGGCCACCAGCGAUUACGAGGACACGGACGGGGAGGCCUACACAGAUGGGGACGGCUAUACUGACGGCGAGGCCUACACCGACAACGAGGACCUGGCUGACCACUAUCCCAGACAUGACAGCCGCAGAAACAUGGGCGUAGCCCGUUCCUCGGAGCCCACUAGGGGGCAGGACAGUCCGACUCAGGACUUCGAACCCAUAUCGGAGGCUCCUCCCCGACAGCUGCCGCCCAUCUUGCAUGUGCCCAAGCCAAAGCCUCUCGACCACGCCCCCAGCAGCCCUGUCCAGGCCUCGGACUCCAGCCCCCAGUCUGACGUUCCGCCGGACUUCCGAGCACCGAACCCCCCCUCUCAGGAGUCCUUUCCUGAGCUCCCCACUUCAGAAGACCUCCCAGAGACCCAUGAGCCAGCCUCACUCUCGGCCAUAGAGGAGAAGCUCAAGCAGACCCGAAUGGCAGAACCGCAGGAAAAGAAACCUUCUCCGCCGUUCGUCGUGCUGGCCCACAGAGAAGCUGUACAGUGGAGACGCACUCAGAUCCAAGGCAGCGACACCUCUGACGACAACGAUGAAAUUGACGACAUCGAAUGGGGCCCCGCCACAGAACUAUAGACUGUAUGCACUCCAAACAUCGGCACAGCCUCCUUUUGAGAGAGAACUGAAUGAAUGUACAUAGUUAUACUGCCCUCUACGUGUGACCUUUGAUACUGCAGCCAUUUGAAGUACAGAUCUUGAAUUCAGAUGUUUCAUUUUUAAUGUAAAUUUUUUUUAAAUAAAGAUUUGUAUAAAUUAAGAUGAUCUUAGUUAUUGUGGUUUGAAGAAUUGUUUUUGAACUAAUACGGUAAUGGCUUUUAACAUCGAUCCUCUUUAAUAAUGGAAUUGUGGAACAACUCAUUUUUAUUUACAUUUUCAGAAUGUGGAUUCUCAGAGAUUAAAUGUAUUUUCACUAAAGCACAGUUGGUACGUAAA